AUGGCCGCUAGCAAUUCCGAAUCACUGCAAGAGCUCUGCACGCGGGUGCAAGCAAUUGUACCAGAACGAUUCCGGAAAGAUGCAUGGUAUUUGAUCGUUGCCUCAGCCCUAGUCGGAUGCGGCCAACCCUCAGAAGUAGGGCCUCUCUACACAAGCCUCGUAGAAAGCGUGGAUGACACGGAAGAAAAACGCAUCAAGCAGAGACUGAGUGACGUGCUGAUGAAAGAAUGGACGCUUGUCGGUAUCCCGCCUGUAGUAUAUGCUGUUACUGCAUUGGGGAAAGCAGAAACUGCAUUGUACGAGAAAAGGGGUAUCACAGUUGAGCCGGCCCAGCAGCCAUCGGAGGAUGGGCUUUUGGAGUUUCCUGAGAAGAGAAAAAACAUCGACAUCAACAACGAAAUCCCCAACAGAGGAACAGAAUUCUUACAACAACUCUAUCGCAAAAACCUAGCGCCUAUCUGCUCAUCCUGGGGCUCGUUUGCGAGCGACUUUAUGUGGAUGGAGCGUUCCGUGAUAUACGGUCUUUUCCUCUCUGAUCAUGAGGUCUUGUCGGCUGUGGAGGCUGAAUUGGUGAUUCUGACGAGUAUCAUGUGUCAGGGACUCAGUGCGCCGACAAUCUGGCAUUUGAGAGGGCUGCGGAGGUUGGGCGUGAGUGAGGCAGAUACGGAAAGUGUGCAGCAGGCCGUGGAGGCUGUUGCGACUUGGUCCGGGAGGUCGGUUGAGGGCUGGGCGAGGGUGAAGGAUGUGCCUGAUCUGAUUCCGUGA